UCACCAGGUGCAUACGCACAACAGGCCCUCUAUUUGACUCGGAUGCUUGUUGAACGCCGCAGUCAACUCUUUGAUGAGGACCAAAGUGCGCAUUAUCAACCUGCGAACAGGUAACAACGAAGAGCGGCAGCGGCGGUGAUUGUCCCCGCUCGACGCGCACCGCACUUUACCAAGGCCGCUCUGUAGCCACCCCUUGCCAAGUUUCCUGUAACGAAGAAGCUGCCCAGGUCGGCGGAUUCCCAGCGGGCAGGUCUCGAGAGUUCGUCUAUUAUUCGGCUCUUUGACGAGAGUGCCAGCGUGCGAUUGAUUGCUGCUUAGUCGUCCUCUCAGGAGGCCGUCAGCAACCUCGUCAAGUAAAAGCAUCGCCACUGAUGUCGUCAUCCAACAUGGCAUCGCGGGUGCAUCAAUUUCACAACCGCUUCCAAACACCCGAAGACGCCAGUGCAGCUGCACCAGCACCUGUAGCAGAUGCUGCAGACAAGAGCCUAGUCGAAGCGCACUUGGUCGAUUUCCAAGGGCUCAACAGGGAUUUUGCAGCUGGCCUCAAGUUUCCUGGUUCCGGCGACCAGAGUUCCAACUCGAUCAACACGCCCAGCACGACCACGACCGCUUCGACAGCGCCGAGCACACAGUCUCUUUCCGCAAGCGACAUGUACCCGGAGUUCAGCAGCUUUGAUACCAAUCCUACUUUCCCUAAGGAGAAACCCUUUGCCAACAUCAACUUCGGUGCGACGCCAAGUCAGACAAGUGCUGCAACCAGUGCGGCGAGCAGUGCAGUGCAAUCACCAGCCAUGCGCAGCACAAAUGGCACUGCCUAUGUGAACGGCGGACAACCACCCAAACAAAGUGUUGGUGCAUUCAGCGCGGACAGCGUCCAGAGCACAAGUAUCGCUCCUUCUUUCAGCAACAUGAGCAUCGCCCGUCAGAGCGGCGACGUCGCGAGGCUCGAAGCUGCUGCAGAAGCAGCGUCGGUUGAUUUGCACGAACAAGGAAGAGGCAGCCAUUCAUCAGCGCCUGAAGUCCCAUCUUAUGGGCUGGUGACGAUGCCAUCAACCGCAGAGAGCAACUACGGAGGACCUGGCGAAUACGCUGAUGCAGGUCCAGUUUCGAGCGCAAGCUACUAUCUUGCGAGCUCUACUUCCUCUGCAGAGCCAUUAAGCCGCGAUUCAAUUCCUUUUACCGGCGCCAGUUGGCCGCUGCCUCAACCCGGGCCACAUGCAACUGGCAUGCCAACCAUGCCGCCGCAAGAUCUGUUAGCAACAAAGUCAGCGGGCAUUGCACACCCAUCCGAGCUCCCGAACGCCGAUGAUGACUAUGAAAGCCCUUUCCCCGAAGGUAGUGGGCAGCGCACUCGUCCAAACAGCUUCUUUGGUAUCAAUAACGGUCAGAGCGACGCAGCAACCGCUGGAGCAGCAGGUCGUACUAGGACUCCACUUGGCGCGUACGCCACACCAGACACGGGCUCCAGCAUGGGCGGCUGCGCCAGUGCAUUGGACAACGACAGUGCGAUGACGGGCGGAGCCAUAGGCGGACGUCCUUCUUCGUUCUUUGGCGGUACGGACCUUGGUGGUCCGCUUCCAGGAACGGAGACAGUCAGCCGAGAUGGACAGACACAGUCAGCUCGUAUUGCGGCGUAUCAUCGCGGCGAGACGCUUAAUUCGACAACGAACGACGAUGAGACUAAUAGAUGGGGGGUUCGGAGAGGCAAUAACAUGCCACCGCCAAUCAAUACGAAUGCCAGCAACAUUCCCAACACCUCGUCUGCUCACACUCCGACGGGCCCUGCAAAUGAUCGCCCAAGGUCGAUUGCACCGGCCAACCCAGCAGGGGCAUUGCUCAACCAUAGCCAUCUCAAGCCGGGUCAGCAAGCCGCUCUUCUAUCGCAUGGAAAGACGCUCGAGCUGUACCGCCAAAACGCGAGAAAGACAAAUGACCCGAACCUCAUCUACGAGUUUUCCGUUUUCAUGAUCGAUGCAUCAAAUACGAUGGGGAUGGUGGAGGGUGGCGGAGAGGGGGCGCCCGCUGCAGGCCAAGAGGCUGCGAAGGAAGACUUGAUUAAGGAAGCGCUUGGCCUCCUGAAGAAGGUUGCUGAUCGCGGGCAUGCAGAUUCGCAGUACUUCUUGGCCGAUUGCUACGCCAAUGGCAUCGGGACACCUGGCGGCAAGCAAGCGUUUGACAAGGCGUACCCGCUCUUCAUUCUCGCCGCCAAGCACGGUCAUCCAGACGCCGCCUACCGAGCGGGGACGUGCCAGGAGAAAGGCUGGGGCUGCCGCAAGGACAAUGCUAAGGCCCUGCAGUUCUACCGCAAAGCAGCUUCGCAAGGCCACCCAGGCGCCAUGUACCGUCUCGCCACUGCCGAGCUCAAUGGUGAGCUGGGGCUCAAGAAGAGCGCAAAGGAGGGCGUCAAAUGGCUCAAGCGCUCCGCCGAGGCUGCCACCCCGGAGUUCCCGCAUGCGCUGCACGAGCUAGCGCUCCUGCAUGAGCGUGGAGUUGACAAUGUUGUUUUUGUCGAUCCCGAGUAUUCCUGCGAGCUCCUGGCGCAGAGCGCAGAGAUGGGCUACGCCCCAAGCGCGUACAAGCUUGGUGUCAACUACGAAUAUGGACGGAUGGGAUGCCCGCAAGACGGGGGAUUGAGUAUCCACAUGUACAACAUUGCCGCACAACAAAACCACAAGGAGGCUUGCUUUGCUUUAACAGCGUGGUAUCUCGUGGGGGCGCCGGGCAUCUUGCCGCAGAGCGACACCGAGGCGUACUUGUGGGCCAAGAAGGCAGCAGAACAAGGCUUGGCGAAGGCAGAAUACGCGGUUGGAUACUUUACCGAGAUGGGCAUUGGCACUGUCAAGGAUUUACGUGAUGCCAAGAGCUGGUACAAGCUUGCUGCGGAGCAUGGCGACCGCCGAGCGAACCAGCGUAUCGGUGCAUUGUCAAGGAUGUCUGCAAGCGGCCUUGGUCCCGCGGCAAAGCGAGCCAGCCAACAAGUACCUCUCCCUGCGCCACCAGUAGAACAGAGGCCAUCUCAGCCGCGAAACUUUGAUCCGCGCCUGUCACAGUGGAUCGGUGAUCCAGAUGCAGCAGAUCGACGCAAGCACGCAGGCUUUCGGGCGCAUCGUCAAGAUUCGCAGGAUUCCUUUGUCGGCCCCUCGGCAACGUCGCCGGGAGGCUCGCGCCCAAUGUCCAUGGCCACCGAUGCAUACUCGUCCUUCGCUCCCGCUCCCAUGUACUCACAGCAGAUGCCCAUGCAUCGUUCGCGGCAAUCCUUCUCGGCUGCUCCUCCUGGCGCGGCACUACCUGCUGGCUUGCAUCCGCAGAUGCAAGCGGGUGUCCCCGGUGGGCCUCUGUCUCCACGAGACAAGGAGGAGGCGCGCAUGCAGCAGCGACUAGCUCUUCUACACAAGCAGGAAGCUCAGCAGGCAUCGCCGCAGCAGCAACAUCGCCAGCAAAUGCUGCCCUCGAGCUAUCCGAUGGCUCCGCACGCUGGAAAUGCGAUGGGCAAUCGACAGAUGCCGACGCCGCCUCCUUCGCAGCAGCCACAGGCAGCAGAAGCAGGAAACCCAACACAGAAGAAAAAGUCUUGGUUUAAAUAGAGACAUCCGGUCUGCAGGGCACUUUGACGC